AUGUCGAAUACAUCUACGCCGGCGUCGGCCCCUCGUUCUGGGCUUUCGUUAUAUGCGAAUCUCCUCGAUCCUAAUAGCGCGACCACACCUGCGACAGUUUCCAGAGGACCAGUUGUGUUUAAGAAUCCCUCCCUGGAGACCGCAGAUGAAGCAUCAGCAAAGAAACCCCAAAUAGAUCCUGCGGCAUUGCGAUUUCAACCUACCAAACGUCCACAGCUUGCGCAGAAGGCGAAACCUAAAUCCUCGUUCCCAAAACCUGGCCCGCCGGACAAGACAACCCAAACAAUUUCUUCAAUCCCAGUCACACAAGGACCGACACCCUCCAAGCCUGCUGUGAAAAACACGCUAGCUGAUUGGACUGCCACGGGGGAUGACGAUGAUGUAAAUGGAUUCUACGGUGGAGAAAAACGCCAACGAGGCGGUCGAAAGCGGCGGAAGAACAAGCACAAGGAAGAGCAAGUAUUUGUUCAAGACUGGGAUGACAUUUAUGACCCCACAAGACCGAACAGCUAUGAAGAAUACAAGCACAGUGACGAAAAGAUUCGAGAAAUAAGGGAGUGGAAACACAGAUUAUAUGCCCAUAGGAUGGCCAGAAAGUCUGCGAGCGAGAAGGAUAGCGACGAUGAAGAGGACCAUCGCCCACAGAUGAAAAAUCAAUUUGCGCCCCCUCCAAACUACUCCUUCGCUCCCCCACCCAUGGAUUCUCCACCCUCAAAACCUACUAGCCACCCAAUCAAUGCCGAUUCAGAUCGUUACAGCCCACCUGCUCCAAAUUUGCAAGCACAUCCACCGCCGCCGCCUGAACCAUUUCACCCGUCAACAGCCCCCGAGGAGCCUUUGCCUGGUACCGCAAUAUCUCGAGCUCCCGUCCGAUACAACCUGCCAGCAGCACCAAGCGAUAUCCCAAGUUCCGAAAUAGAGCUAGAAAAGGCGCUCGCAGUAGAAGCUGAGGCAGCUGAGCAACCUGAUGAAAACGUAGAAGAGGCUCAGCGCUCACUCCGUCCUGGACAGAAAGGAUUCGCCGAGCGCCUUAUGUCCAAGUACGGGUGGAGCAAGGGCACAGGCUUAGGCGCCGAUGGUUCUGGAAUCGUGAACCCGCUCCGAGUUCAAAUCGAGAAGCGGAAAAAGAAAUCGGACGCCGAGGGCGGUGGCUUCAGAGACCCUGGUGGAAGAGGCAAGAUCAUUGGAGGCAAGAAAAACGUGCCUGAGAAAGACUCGGAGGUGGGCAAGUUCGGGCCCAUGUCCGAAGUCAUCGUGCUCAGGGGUAUGGUUGAUGGUAUGAACCUCGAUGAGGAGGUUGAGGGCGCAGGAGAUGGCGGGUUGAUGCAGGAAAUAGGCGAUGAGUGCGAUGAGAAGUAUGGUCGUGUAGAGAGAGUUUAUAUUGACCGCCACGGAAGUGCCCCAAAAGUGUUUGUCAAAUUCACAAACCAGUUAUCUGCUUUACGGGCUGUGAACGCCUUGGAAGGCCGAAUUUUCAACGGAAACACUAUUUCCGCCCUAUUCUACGACUCGGAGAAAUUUGAACAGGGCAUAUACGAGUAA